AUGGCGGCCGUGCAAGGUGGUCUGGUCGACGCGGUCGAAGAGAAAGACAUAAAAACAGAACCGUCAAACGAUGGCUCUGCAAAUAACAAUGCAACCGACGGGAGGCUGCUGUCCGCGUCCCCCGGCGUCGCUGCUCCGGCUGCACCGACGAAACCCGCUACGGGAGCCCCGGAGGACCAGCAGACUCUUCUGGCGGUCCUGCAGUUCCUCAGAAAGAACAAGCUGACCGAGUCCGUGGACAUCUUGCGCCGUGAAGCGGGGUUACCGGAGGAUGCCCUGGACGAAGGGGGCGACUCCUCCGGGGCCGGUUCUGGUGGUGGUGGUGGUGGUGGUGCUGCGGGCAGCGGGGAGCUGGAAGGCGGGGAUGCGAGCUCUCUGCUCAGCAGGGUGACCGGCUCAUCCUCCGCUGCAGCCCCGGCGCCGGCUAAAGUGACUGGUGAGGACCAGCCGGACGUCAACGUGGUGCUGUCAGCUUACAGCCAGCAGGGAGACCCGAAGCUGUACCCGGUUUACUACAACGGCCUGAAGAGGUUCAUAGAAUCGGUUCUGGACUGUCACCGAGCAGAGCUGUCCCAGGUCUUCUACCCGCUGUUUGUGCACAUGUAUCUGGAACUGGUGUACAACAAUCAGGAAACAGAGGCCAAGGCGUUCUUUGAAAAGUUCAGCGGUGAUCAAGAGUGUUACUACGAAGAUGACUUGCGUGUUUUGUCCAGCCUGUCCAAGAGGGAGCACAUGAGAGGCAACGAGACCCUGAUGGACUUCCGCACCAGCAAGUUUGUCCUGCGUAUCUCUCGUGACUCUUACCAGCUGCUCAAGAGACACUUGCAGGAGCGUCAGAACAACCAGAUCUGGAAUAUCAUACAAGAGCAUCUCUACAUUGACAUCUUCGAUGGCAUGCCACGCCACAAGAGCCAGAUUGACGCCAUGUCGGGCAGCUUGGCAGGAGAGGCCAAACGAGAGGCCAAUAAGGCUAAGGUGUUCUAUGGACUGCUGAAGGAACCAGAAAUCGAGCUACCUCUUGAUGACGAGGAUGAGGAGGCAGAGAAUGAGGAGGGCAAACCCAAGAAGAAGAAACCCAAAAAGGACAACAUGGGCUCCAAGAGCAAGAAGCAGGACCCUAAUGCACCUUCACAGACUAGGAUCCCUCUACCAGAGCUAAAGGAUUCAGACAAGCUGGACAAGAUCAUGUACAUGAAGGAGGCCACCAAGAGGAUCCGCCUGGGACCAGAUAACCUGCCCUCCAUCUGCUUCUACUCUUUUCUCAACGCUUACCAGGGUCUGACUGCAGUGGACUUCACAGAUGACUCCAGCCUGAUCGCAGGAGGCUUCGCUGACUCCACAGUACGGGUGUGGAGUGUCACACCGAAAAAGCUCCGCAAGGUCAAGAAUGCAGCAGACUUGAAUCUGAUCGACAAAGAGUCGGACGAUGUGCUGGAGAGGAUCAUGGAUGAGAAGACGGCCAGCGAGUCAAAGAUCCUCUAUGGACACAGUGGCCCGGUGUACGGCAUCAGCUUCAGCCCAGACAGAAACUACUUGCUAUCAAGUUCGGAAGACGGGACAGUCAGGCUGUGGAGUCUCCAAACAUUCACUUGUCUGGUGGGCUACAAAGGUCACAACUACCCAGUGUGGGACACCCACUUUUCACCCCAUGGGUACUAUUUUAUCUCCGGGGGACAUGACAGAGUGGCCCGUCUCUGGGCAACAGAUCACUACCAGCCUCUGAGGAUGUUUUCUGGCCACCUAGGAGAUGUCACUUGCACCCGCUUUCACCCCAACUCCAAUUACGUGGCCACAGGUUCCUCUGAUCGCACCAUCCGACUCUGGGAUGUCCUGCAAGGAAGCUGUGUGCGCAUCUUCACCGGUCACAAGGGUCCCAUCCAUGCGCUGAGCUUCUCUCCCAAUGGUAAGUUCUUGGCUUCAGGAGCCACUGAUGGCAGAGUUCUUCUGUGGGACAUCGGUCACGGGCUGAUGAUUGGAGAGCUCAAAGGCCACACAGACUCCAUCUACUCCCUCCGGUUCAGCAGAGACGGAGAGAUCCUCGCCUCCGGCUCAAUGGACAACACAGUUCGCCUGUGGGAUGCCACGAAAGCAUUUGAUGAUUUAGAGACAGAUGAUUUCACAGCGGCUACAGGACACGUCCAUCUACAAGAUAACUCCCAGGAGCUUCUGCUGGGCACAUACAUGUCAAAAUCCACACCCGUCAUACACCUUCACUUCACCCGCAGGAACCUGCUGUUGGCCGCUGGUGCCUACAAUCCAUGAGACAUUAUUGAACUAUGAGAAAAUAAUCCAAUCAAGCUUGAAAUUAAGCAUAAUUUGUCCCAGUGCUCCCCAAGUAAUGAAGAGGUUUGUGGUGCAGCUUGAACAAAACAAAAACUGAAUUAUCAAAAAAUAUCACCUCUGGUGAGAAUUUAGCUGUAAAUAAAGAUUAAAAUUAAGGUUAGCCGACUCCUGUUCUGGACCUCAGUCUGACAGAUUCGGCCACAAAUCAAGCUGAUCUAUUGCAGAUAUCCCUUCGCCAUGAUAAGUGCCAUUGUUGCUUGAGGACUUUUCUUUUUUUAAAUCACUGCCAUGAAUACAGCUUUGUUCAACACGUGGCUGACAUUUCUGUAUCAUAGUAUUUUAUAUUGGUGUACACUGUAAAUAAAAACAAACAUGUUU